GUAUUCAUCUCAGUACGCUACGUCCCGUCUCGGUAUAUGUUCAAGCAUUACACAUACAAACAACUAUAAAAUAUAUUGCAAGAUAAUCAGUGAAAUUACAGCGAUAUGAUGACGAAUGAGAUAACGUGAAGCGUUCAAUGAAAUAUUUGUGUUUUAUUUAUUUGUUGUAAACAAUCGUGUGCCGAAAGGUAAAGCGUAAACAUGCUGGGUGUUGGGAAGACGGCGCUGUCUGCAGCUUUAACUAAAGCGUUUAUCAGAACUGUAGCAAUUAAUAGCACGACAGUGAACCAAGCUCCGAAUCUGCAAAUUAAAUCAUGGAAGGAAAUCCCUGGACCAUCGUCUUUGCCAAUUAUUGGGCAAACACUGCAUUUCUUGCCAGGAGGUUCCCUUUCUGACCCAGUAACGAUGGCCGAUACGCUUUAUAAUAGAUUUGGUCCAAUGGUAAAGUUGGAUGGCGUAUUUGGAUCACCAACACUUAUUUUUAUCUUAGACGCGGAAGCAGCUGCACAGGUCCUACGUAGUGAAAAUUGGAUGCCGCAACGGCCUGGAUUCGCCAGUCUGGAACAUUAUAGAAAACAGAAAAUAAAAGACACUCCAGAAGAACUUACUGGACUUAUUACUGACCAUGGAGAGCCCUGGAGAAAGUUUCGAACAACGGUAAAUCCAAUAAUGUUACAAUCAAAAACCAUUAAACUAUACAGCAACAUACUCGAUGAAGUCGCAGAUGAUAUGGUCGCUCGAAUGAAAUCCAAAAGGAACGAGAAAAACAUGAUAGAUGGAAAAUUUGAUGUGGAAAUGAAUCUAUGGGCCUUAGAGUCCAUCGCCGUUGUGGCUCUAGGCGGAAGAAUAAACUGCCUUGAUCCAAACCUACCAGACGAUUCUCCAGCAAAGAAACUGAUUCAAACUGUUCAUGAUAUAUUCAUAAUGGCAGAUAAAUUGGACUUCAAACCCAGCCUGUGGAGGUUUAUUGCUACACCCAAUUAUAAAAAGGCCAUGAAGUGUUAUGAAGAACAGGCUAAUUUAAGUAAAUAUUUCAUCAACAAGGCAAUAGAAAACAACAAAACGAAAGAGAAAAGUGAUGAUGAAAAAGGAAUCUUGGAAAAGCUCUUAGAAAUUGAUGAGAAAAUGGCUGUUAUAAUGGCCAGUGAUAUGUUAUUCGCUGGUGUUGACACUGCUGCAAAUACGAUGAUAGCAACAUUCUACUUACUAGCUAACAAUCCAGAAAAACAGAAAAAACUAAGAGAAGAGGUUUUAUCGCAAAGCGAACGCAAACCGUACUUGAAGGCUUGUAUAAAAGAAUCAAUGCGUAUAAUGCCAGUAGUUGCUGGAAAUUUACGACUCACUUCUAAGGAGUAUAAUUUAUUGGGAUAUAAAAUACCCAAAAAUAUGUAUGUAACCUUCGGUCACCAAUUUCUCUCCGUGACUGAACAACACUUCCCCAGAGCGAAAGAGUUUAUUCCUGAACGAUGGUUGGCUGAUAAAUCGGAUCCCUUGUAUUAUGGAAACGCUCAUCCAUUCGCGUACAAUCCCUUUGGUUUUGGAGUCAGGAGUUGUAUUGGUCGUCGCAUAGCCGAGUUGGAAUUAGAAACGUUCCUGUCAAAAGUCAUACAGAACUUCGAAAUAGAGUGGACUGGACCUCCGAUAAAAAUUAAGCCCUCUGCGCUCAACUACAUUGUUGGACCUUACGGAUUUAUUUUUAAGGACGUGAAAUAUUUAGAUUCUAUUUAUGAUAAAUUCUAUUUCAGGUACUUAGCAACAACUUCGAAUCAAAAAAUAAAGUCAUGGGAAGAAAUACCGGGACCAGUGUCAAUACCCAUUUUGGGUCAAUUGCACAACCAUUUACCCGGAGGUCUUUACCAAAAGUUUACUGGAUAUAAGCUACACCAGGAAUUAUAUCGUCGCUAUGGACCGAUUUCAAGAGUUGAUGGAAUAUUUGGUGGUCCACCUAUGAUCUAUGUGUUUGAUGCAGAGAGUGCUGCCCAAGUUUUACGUGGUGAAAACGACAUGCCAAUCCGACAAGGGUUGCCAAGCUUAAUUUACUAUCGCCAUGUUUAUAGCCGUAAAAAGAAAAACAGCACUUACCCUACUGGUUUAUUCAGCGACCACGGCGAAGUAUGGAAGAAAUUUAGAUCUACAAUGAACCCUAUAUUUUUAGUCCCAAAAGUGAUUCAGUCAUAUUCAACCAUUAUCGAUGAUGUCGCUCAGGAUAUGAUUAAAAGGCUAAGAUCACUACGAGACGAAAACAACAACAUACAAAGUAAAUUCAGUUAUGAGGUUAACUUAUGGUCCUUGGAGUCCAUCGCGUCGGUGGCCUUAGGAGAUCGUAUCAACUGUUUCGAUCGGAACAUGGCUCCUGACUCACGGGUCAAUAAACUAUUGAAAUGUGUGCAAACUUUCUUCGCUCUGGCCCACGAGAUAGAUUUCCAACCAAAUCUAUCGAUGAUUUUCCCUACGAGAAAGUUCAAUGUCCUGAUGCAAACUUAUGCUGAAAUAGAUGAAAUAUGCAAUGCCUAUAUUGAGGAAACAAUUGAAAAACUUGAAAGAAACGAACUUGUCUAUAAAGAACAUGGAUUUUUGGAGAAAACUCUUGCAAUUGAUAAAGAUUACGCACUGAUAGUCAUAGCCGAUAUGUUGUUUGGUGGGAUUGAUACAGGAUCCAACACACUUCUAGCAAUAUUGUAUUUGCUUGCUAAAAACCCGGAUAAACAAGUAAAAUUACGGGAAGAAAUAAUGUCCAAAUCUGGCAAGUCGUACUUAAAGGCUUGUGUCAAAGAAGCUAUGAGAAUUAUGCCGGUCGGUAAUGGCAAUUCCCGAACAACUACUAAAGAGUACAAUAUACUGGGAUAUAGGAUUCCCAAAGAUAUGACUCUCUCCUUUGGCCACCAACUUCUCUGUUCAUUGGAGGAACACUACCCUCGGCCCUCUGAGUACAUUCCCGAACGCUGGUUGGUUGACAAAGACGACCCUUUGUACUAUGGCAACGCUCAUCCUUUUACUCUCAGCCCUUUCGGCUUUGGAGUUAGAAGCUGUAUCGGUCGGCGUGUAGUUGAGUUAGAAUUGGAGGUAUUCCUCACGAGGUUGGUUGAGAACUUCCACAUCGACUGGAACGGGCCCUCACCCGCCAUUAGCUAUACUUUUAUCAACACUAUUGUUCCACCUUUAUAUUUUACUUUGAAAGAUGUUUAAUAAAGAUAGAACAACGUCCGUGCAUUUCAUUUUUGUUUGUUAAUAUUACAGCUGAAUCAUAGUAUAAAGAUAUAUCUAAACUAUGGCUGAAUUUUGCUGUUAAAAAAUAGAUUAAGCAAUAAAAUAUUUUUUAGUACUAACUAGUGUCCAUGAUUCAUUUGACCAUCUCCUUUAUAGUUAGGUACAUAAAGUAAAAUUUUUCUAGAAAAUAUGAAUCUAUUCUCU